CUAAUAAAAAAACUUCUACAAAAUGGGAGCAUCAUUCUUUCCAAUUUUAUUCUUUACUGCCAUUUGGGCUGGCGUUGGUAUUGGCCUGCCAAUGAUGACACCAAAGGGGCCACAUCAAAAUCUUAUACGCUGUACCCUGAUGUUGACGGGUUGUUGUUGUUGGCUGUUUUGGCUGUGCUGUUACAUGGCCCAGAUGAAUCCAUUGAUUGGUCCCAAACUAAAUCAACAUACCAUAUUUAUGAUUGCCCGGGAAUGGGGUAAUUCGUUGAAGGAGGGUUAAACAAAUGAAGGCAGAAAU